GGCCAAUCUCCGUGACUCGGUUGAUUUAGUAAACGCGAAAACACUGAAUACACGUAUCUUUUUUUUUCUAUACAUAAUUUGGACUUGAGUCCUGAAGGAGAAAUGUGUAUUUAACAUAUAGGAACCCAAUGCAACUCGACGAUAACAUGUAAGUAUAUUAGAAACCAUCAAAGAGUUUAUCUGUACAGCAAAAAUAUGAGCAAAAAUGUAGGCUAUCCAAAUAUUGGAUAACCCAUCACCUGCCAAAAUAAGGGAGCCAUAGCAGCCCCCCAAUGCUACCUCACGGCCAAUCACAAUCAGAAGAAGUGAUGGGCGAAAAGUUAUCAGAGUACUACCAAAUCACAAGGAUAAAUGCUAUACAAAAUUUUGUAGACAAUAUAUUUAAUCCUAGCAAAAACUUCCUCCUCCUUAGGCAAAAAACCAUCAAAUCUAGCUGCAUUCCUGGUCCUCCAGAUCCAGUAUAUGGUGCAUGAGAAAGCAAUCCUAGCAGCCUUGGCUUGCACAUUAGCUCCGCUCCUUUCCUUCUUGAUCCAUUUGACCGAGCUAGCUAGGGUCCCCAUCAUGCGUGGAAUGCCAAUCCAUGCCUUCAUCAAAGUCCAGACCUUACCUGAAAAAGGGCAUUCAAAGUAGAGGUGUGGAGCCGUUUCCGGUCCACCCUUGCACAAUACACAAGUAUUAUCCACAUCUAAUCUAUGAAGAUUAUCACACGUGGCUAAUCUAUUACGGAAUGCCAACCAAGUAAUAAAGGAAAACUUGGGGGGAAUGUAAUCUUUCCAAAUAAAUGGCAUCCACACACGGGUGACAGCCCUAGUCCUAAGUAAAUCAUAAAUCUUGGAGGAUACAAGCUUGCCAUUAAAUUGAAGAGCAUUUAGGCCAAGUAUAGCGCUCGGAAUGUCCGGGAAUUUGGAGAGUAUUUCAUCUCGAAUUAAUGCAAUCUUCUUAAAUAGUUGUGAAUCUCUCUCAUGUGGAGGCCAAGAGCUCAACACACGAGAGACAGAGAAACAAUCUGGAGGCCAACAACCCACCGUCUCACGUAUCACCAGCCAAAACCAGCAGAGCACCAUCACGCGACCGGCGAUUCAGAGACACCGCGUGGGGAAGCCUGGUGCAAGGUCAGCAAUCGGCGAUGCGCUCACCACCAACACCGACACACACGAAAGCCACAUCCCCUCUCCAGCAACAAGCGGUCUCAGGUUGACUCUAAUCGCUACUCUUGGUUAAAUCUUGAAGAAGAUGAACAUAUAUCAUACCACGAAUUUGAAAGCCCUCUUGGCAGUAACCUUUUCACUCCUCUUAAUACAAGAGCUUCGAAAACUUUUUGGAAAAGAAAUGUGCCUGUUCAGAAUAAAAAACGAUUGAGCAGGAAUUCUAAGAGAUUCAUUUCAAGCUCCAAAGUCCAUGUUAGCGGAGAACCGAGUCGUGCAACGGCGGUCAUCUUACCGGCAACCUUACUUGCUGCGAUAACAACAUAUGCCCCAGACGGAAAGGCACCUCCGACUACAGCGCCUGACCCCUUGGUCGUGUCUUUGGAUGCAGCGCCUCAAUCAUCUGUAGGGGGGUCGGUGGAGCCACCAACAACUCAGUCUCAGGGCAAUCAUCACAACCAUGUCGAUAGCUCAGCAUACCAGCCAAAAACAGUCACGUGGGCAGAUAUCUUGAAAAAGAACAAAGACAACUCACUUCCUAACAUUGACCAGGCUGUUCCAUUCUCAGCCACUACUGAUAAGGUAAUUUGUCUUACGGAAGACAAGGUCAAUUUGAGCACUACCGAAGAAAAUAGGGCUGAGCCAGAUUUAAUUUUUAAGGAAUGUGAAACAUUCCACUUCUUUGGAGAGGAAGGGUUUGACUCAAUUAAAAUUGAGUCUAAACUCUUUAAAUUUGCAGUCAAGAAUAAAGAAAUUGUUAUUUUUGAGAUAAAAAGAUCUAUGAUGCGCAGGAUUAGCUUCAAUCUUGACUUGGCUACACAAAUCAUCCACUAUAUCUCUCAGCUCAAAAGAUCUGAUCAUUACUAUGGGCAGCGAAGGAGAUUUGGUCCUAUUACGAUUUCUUCAGAAAUUAACAAUUCAGGUUGCUUCCUGAAAAUUGCUAAAGAAAAAGGAAGUUUCAUCUUGAUUCCAACGGGUCCAAAAAAUUUCAGACUGCUUGAAUUUCUGGCUAUGUUUUCUAAUAUUGUGGGAAUCUCCGUUUUAGUACAGGAGGAACCAAUGCAUCUGGAACCCGAAACCACGACAAACACGGUAGAACCCACGUCAAUAUCGAAACUUAUAUUUAAUUUUCAUAUUCAGGGAGCCUACGCAGAGCAACAACAAACUCACACUUCAGAGAUCCUUCCCAAAAUACCACUAAUUCAGGCCUACUCAGAUGCAUCUGACAGUUAUAAUCCAUCAGAUGACUCUUUUUUUUCAGAUGACUUUCUAGGACACGCGACAGAAAGUGAGCGUCGACCACCAAUCUCCAAUCAGGAUGAUAUAUGGGACUCAAAAUUCAACAGGGUAAUCUGCCACAAAUCCAAGUUCAUUACUUCGGAUAAUUGUCUGCCAACAGAUAACUUAAACACACAACUGAAGAUUUAUAAAAAAUCUCAGAAGAACAAGAGGCGACACAGCAUGAAGACCAGAUCACAGUCUAAACAAUUCCCUUGGGCUUAGUUUUAGUUUUUGUUUAAAUCUAUUUUAUCUUUCUUUUGUACUGUUUUUCUAUUUUCUGUCUGUUUUCUGGCAUUGUACCAUUUCUUAUUAUCAAUAAAAUCUUUCUUUUCGGAAAAAAAAAAAAAAAAAAAAAAAAAAAAAAAAAGAAUCUCUCUCAUGUGGAACAA